AUGCAUAAACUCGAACGGACUACUCCUCGAGCAGCGUCCUUCCUUCUACGCAUGCCGUUGACGGUGGCGGGGAUGGCUAUCGACGGUUAUGCUUGGUGGAGAGAUGGAAUCGGUCCUGUUCGGCAAGCCGGGGCACCUUCUGGAGGCGUGCGUCGAGGCAACAGGUCGCUCGGUCGCCUUCACGCCCUUCCCUCGACCGAUGGCGUCGUUGGUGGCGUCGAUGCGGUGGAGGAGGUCAACAGGUCCGAGGCGCACAAGGAUGUUCGAAUCGCUGGUAGGUGGAGAGGGGAGAAGGGGUGGCGGUUGAGCAACGUCAAGUGA